CUUCUUCAUCAGACAAAGAUUGUCGCUGACGUUGUGCGGUUGUGCUUCUUGGAUAAGAUCGCACAACCACUCACAUUUUUUUGUGAAUAAAAAAUACCAACAAAAAACCCCAAAAAAAUCAUUAAAAAAAUCAAAAAAUCAUCCAAAAAAAUCGCAAAACAGUGAAAAGCAACACAAACAAACACACUACACUAAAACGUUAUUUUCAUUUUCGCAAAAAAAAGUCGAGAAAUCGAGUGCGUAGGAAAGAAUCGUGUGUGAAAAAGCAAGAAGCGUGAAUCGUCGAAGAAUUUUCCCCUUCGUGAAAUCUAGCAGCCGCAAAACAGCAUCAGCAUCUCUCGGUCCAAGUCUGCCAACACAUCGUGUUUCCAAACGCAACGCCACAGCAGCAACAACAGCAACAGCAGCAACAGCAGUACAGCGCAAUCAGCUUUCGAAGGAAGCAAAAAAAAAGGUCGCUUUCCCUUUCCUGUGCCUCUGUCUCUGUCGCUCGCGUUCGUUCGUUUGCUUCAACCCGGUUUGCUGUGUGUGGAGUUAUCGAAGCCGUCGUAAGCGGACGUGUCGCUGCCUCGUAGUGCGUGGUUCGCGUGUGUGGAAUUUUUAGGAGAAACUCCCCGCGUUCCCCAGUGUCGUCCUCCCCCCGGUGGGCUCAGUGCGAACACCGAUUAGGAGUGAAAGUUUCGGUUCCAACGUCCGGAACGUCCAACCCAACACCACCGGUAGCCAGCAGCAGCCCUCACCGCGUGUUUCGGUUGAAAUAAUGAAUCCUGGUGCCCCGAACUACCAGAUGGCUUCUCUGUACGUCGGUGAUCUGCACUCGGACAUCACCGAGGCCACGCUUUUCGAGAAGUUUUCCUCGGCCGGACCGGUGCUGUCCAUCCGCGUGUGCCGCGAUGUAAUCACACGUCGCUCCCUUGGCUACGCGUACGUCAACUUUCAGCAGCCAGCCGAUGCUGAACGUGCGCUAGACACGAUGAACUUUGAUCCGAUCAAGGGUCGCCCGAUCCGUAUUAUGUGGUCUCAGCGUGAUCCAUCGCUACGUAAGUCCGGUGUCGGCAACGUGUUCAUCAAGAACUUGGACAAGAAGAUCGACAACAAGGCAAUGUACGAUACGUUCUCUGCGUUCGGCAACAUUCUGAGCUGUAAGGUCGCUCAGGACGAGAAGGGCCAAAGCAAGGGUUAUGGUUUCGUACACUUUGAGACGGAGGAGUCGGCCAACACCUCGAUCGAGAAGGUAAACGGUAUGUUGCUGAACGAGAAGAAGGUCUACGUCGGACGCUUCAUUUCGCGCAAGGAGCGCGAGAAGGAGCUCGGCGAGAAGGCGAAGCUGUUCACCAAUGUGUACGUGAAGAACUUCGGCGAGGAUCUGACCGAGGAGGCGCUGCGUGAGAUGUUCGAGAAGUACGGCUCGAUCACGAGCCACCGCGUGAUGACGAAGGAUGGCAAGAGCCGUGGCUUCGGCUUCGUGGCGUUCGAGAGUCCGGAGGCGGCCGAGCGUGCCGUGCAGGAGCUGAACGGCAAGGAGCUGUCCGACGGCAAGCUGCUGUACGUUGGCCGCGCUCAGAAGAAGAACGAGCGCCAGAUGGAGUUGAAGCGUCGCUUCGAGCAACUCAAGAUGGAGCGUCUCACGCGCUACCACGGCGUGAACCUGUACGUGAAGAACCUGGACGACACCAUCGACGACGAGCGCCUGCGCAAGGAGUUCGCCCCAUACGGUACGAUCACCUCGGCAAAGGUGAUGCUGGACGAAGGCCGCUCCAAGGGCUUCGGAUUUGUGUGCUUCUCGGCACCGGACGAAGCAACCAAGGCCGUAACGGAGAUGAACGGACGCAUCGUGGGCAGCAAGCCGCUGUACGUUGCGUUGGCUCAGCGCAAGGAGGAACGCAAGUCGCACCUGGCCAGCCAGUACAUCCAGCGUGUGAACAGCCUGCGCAUGCAGCACAUCGGCCAGGUUUACCAGCAGAGCGGCAGCUACUUCGUGCCAACCAUCGCUCAGCCGCAGCGCUUCUACGGUCCGCAGGUCGCACCGGUCCGCACUGCUCCGCGCUGGUCCGCAAAUGCACAGGUACCACGCACCCCGGGCAAUCAGAAUGUAGCCGCAAACGCUCCUGGUGGUGGCUAUCCGACGAUGGGCGCAACCAUUGCCACCAACAAUCCGUACCGCCAGGCGGGUAACGUACGCGGCGCUAACCAGCAGGCUCCGAAUGCCCAGUCGGCUCAAGCAGCAUCUGCUGCCAUGCGCAACCAGGCCCGUCCGAUCACCGGCCAGCAGACGGCGGCCAACAUGCAGACGCGUCCGGUUGCUCCACAAAUGACAGCUGGUCAGGCUCGUGGCGCAAACUUCAAGUUCACACAGAACAUGCGUAACCCGCAGGUACCGCAGCAGGUCCCGAUUCCGGCGCAGCCAGUCGCACAGCAGGCUGUGAUUGUCAAGGGACAAGAGCCGCUUACGGCCUCCAUGCUGGCAGCUGCCCAACCGGCAGACCAGAAACAAAUGCUUGGCGAGCGUCUGUUCCCAUUGAUUGAGACGAUGUACCCGCAUCUGGCUGGUAAGAUCACCGGUAUGUUGCUCGAGAUCGACAACUCGGAGCUGGUGCACAUGCUGGAGCACAGCGAGUCGCUCAAGGCGAAGGCCGAAGAGGCCGUGGCCGUGCUGCACGCUCACCAGGCCAAGAACCAACCGAACUAAACCUGUGGAUACGAUGCUGCUGCGUUUUGAAGGCGAGAUGGGAAUGUAAAAGGAACGCCGAAUCCGUGUCCUGCAAUAUCCUUUAUGACUACUUCUCUCUCCACGACGGUUCGAUCAUCUUUAUUUCUCCCUCCUUUUGCCACGUAGAUAAUCCGUACUUAAACAUUUGCAUUUGCCUACGAGCGGUAAGACUCAGUUGAAGGAAAUAUAGAGCACGUUACUUCGCAAUAUCGCAACUGUGUUGUGUAUCGGGCCAGUUGUCUCGAGGCUACCGUUUCGGAAAACCGAGAAACGAAGGGAGAAUUUUCGUGCAGAAAGGAGUUAGCAGAGAUGGGCGUUGAUAGGGGUAUGGAUUUUGGUGGACCUUCGUAUAUUUUUUUUCAUUAUUCACAAUCAAAUAUUGAAUAUUUCAUUUACUCGUCGAUGCAAGCGGAACACGAUUUCCCAGCUUAUGCGUAGCUCUUCACGCACGCGACAUAAAUUUCUUAUUACAUUAAUAUAAUCUUUCAAAUAUUAUAAAAUAACAAAAAAAUUAUAUAUAAAUAUAAAAAAUUACAAAAAAAUAGAAAACAAACUAUGAAAAAGGAUAAAAAGGAUGAAAAAGGAUAAAAAGAUUGCAAAAUAAUACUGACGUUGCCCCUGAAUCUGGUUGGGGAACGGCAGUAGGAAAAAAAUAUUGCAAAAUGAAAUGCGGCAGAAAAUGGCAGAAAACAAAAAAUCGCAAAAACCAAGAAAAUGAAAUCGUCAAAAAGUUAGAUUGGGGCAAAAGAAGAAGGUACCUUCGGCAAAUGAACCAUAUUUUUGUUUUUGUAACAACAAACGAUAACUGCAACUACUGAGCACUGGUAGGUGUAGGAUUUAUGGAACAUUUAGCAAAGAGAGAACUACUAGGAAGGAAGGUAAAAGCACCAGAAUUUCAAGCAGAAAGGAAAGAUCGGAUUGUAAAGUUCUGUAUAACACAUUGAUAUUGAAUUAUGGAAAAUCAAUUUAGAGGAAAUGAGGAAAUCUAUCGGAUUGAAAAUAAGCGAUUGAAAGGAGCAAUGUAGGAGCACUGGAAAAUAGCUUGGUAUUUAAAAAACACGAAAAAAUGUGAAUCAUUCAAAGAAACGGCAAAAGGAAAAUACUAAAUUAGAAAACAAGGAUCCUAUUUCAAUGAGAUGCAACAGAGCAACCGAUGCGACAUUCUGAAUAUAAACGAAAUAAAAGCAAAAAACACAAAAAGUACCCAAAAAAAGUGAAAAUAUAUAAAAACAAAAAACAGAAAAACGUACGUGAGCGGAUAGAUAUGGAAGAAAAGGUAAGCAA